AUGAUCCUCUUACUUUGCGCUGUCCUCAUCUGCGUUCCAUUUGUUCGUGCUUCACUCCCGGGUCUUAACGAUACCAAUAUCCUUACACUCGAUGCCAGUGACCCUCCAUCCUACAACACCAGAACCUUGUGGGACAUUCUCUCGAGCUGUGGCUUAACUUUGUUUGCGUGCACAUGGACUGCCAUCCAUCCGGACAUUCCGCAUAUGGACCAGGGGGUAAUUUCUAUUACCAUUUAUCGUCUACGCCUCAUGGUUAUAGCGUUGUUCGCCCCUGAACUCGUGACUGCCUGUGCCAUAUUGCAGUGUUUGAGUGCUUGUCAAGCUGCAAGAAAUUUUAAUGAUGCAUUUGGAUGGACACUGACGCAUGGGUUCUUCGCACGGAUGGGUGGAUUCGUGCUCUACGUCGAUGGUGAACCGCGGGCCACUCUUACACCCGACGAACUCCUGGGGUUUGUUCGUGACGGAUCUGUGGAGAUACCUGUCAUCACAAAGGCAGACAUAGAAGACAAAAGCAAGGGCGAUGUGCUAUCAAAAUGUGUCGCUAUUCUUCAGCUGGUGUGGUUUGUCAUCCAGCUCAUCGCCCGCUACGCCCAGAACCUCCCUGUAACACUGCUUGAAAUUGAUACCCUGGGUGUAACCGUUCUGUCCUGCAUUUCCUAUGGCUUAUGGUUUAAGAAGCCUAAGGACAUAGGACGUCCUUAUAUUGUUCAUUGGAACUCGGAGGUAACCGCUCCUCCGCUUGGUGACAGCUUAACCAACAAGGACUACCAGUAUGUUAUUAAUAUUCCUGACAGAACUUGUUCUGAUUUGACUGUAUUCAAGUUCACGUUCAUGGAAAACCCGAAUACCACCGCAUAUGGUUUUUGGUAG